UGCGGAAAACACAGCGGAGCGCCCCCGGAACGCUCGCUCGGCGGCCCGGGCGGCGGCCGGGAGGGUUUGGCGGCGCACCGAGGCGAAGGAGGGCGGGCGUGUCCGGGACGGCGGGGCCUGACGGCGGCCCCGGCUCCCCUCGGCCUCCGGAGUGCCUUCAGCACCCCUCGUCUGCCCCCAGCCCUCCGCUCGGCUCCCCUCGGCCCCCUGAGCCCACCUCGGCUCCCCGCAUUACCCCGAGCCCCCUUCGUCUCCCGUCAGGCCCCCCAAGCCGCCUCAGCCCGCCGCGGAGAUGGAUGACGAACCCGAGCGGACCAAGCGCUGGGAAGGAGGCUACGAAAGAACAUGGGAAAUUCUUAAAGAAGACGAAUCCGGGUCGUUGAAAGCAACCAUCGAUGAUAUCCUCUUCAAGGCAAAGAGGAAAAGACUCUAUGAACACCAUGGACAAGUUCGACUUGGAAUGAUGCGUCACCUUUAUGUGGUUGUUGAUGGAUCAAGAACAAUGGAGGACCAAGACUUAAAACCGAACAGACUUACUUGCACUUUGAAGUUACUGGAAUAUUUUGUUGAAGAGUACUUUGACCAAAAUCCCAUUAGUCAGAUUGGCUUAAUUGUAACCAAGAGUAAAAGAGCUGAAAAAAUGACAGAACUCUCAGGAAACUCAAAAAAGCACGUAACUGCUCUGAAGAAAGCAGUGGAUAUGAACUGCAGUGGAGAGCCUUCUCUAUAUAAUUCCCUAAAUUUGGCCAUGCAGACUUUAAAGCACAUGCCAGGACAUACAAGCAGAGAGAUUUUGGUAGUCUUCAGCAGCCUGACGACAUGUGAUCCAGCCAACAUCUAUGAUUUAAUUAAGUGUUUAAAAGCAGUUAAGAUCAGAGUAUCUGUCAUCGGCCUAAGUGCUGAAGUUCGAGUCUGUACAGUACUUGCCCGAGAAACUGGUGGAACAUACCACGUGAUUUUAGAUGAAAGUCAUUUUAAGGAACUGCUGAUGCAUCAUGUUAGUCCUCCACCUGCCAGUUCGAGUUCUGAGUGUUCCCUUAUUCGAAUGGGUUUUCCUCAGCAUACUAUUGCUUCCCUGUCUGAUCAGGAUGCAAAGCCUUCCUUUAGCAUGGUGCAAUUGGAAAACAACAGUGAGCCCAGUCUCACACUGGGUGGGUAUUUUUGUCCCCAGUGCAGAGCCAAAUACUGUGAGCUUCCUGUGGAAUGCAAAAUCUGUGGUCUUACACUAGUGUCUGCACCUCACCUGGCUCGGUCAUACCAUCACUUGUUUCCUUUGGAUGCUUUUCAGGAAGUUCCACUGGAAGAAUACAAGGGGGAACGGUAUUGUCAAGGCUGUCAGGGAGAAAUGAAAGAUCAAAAUGAAUAACAGUUGCCAUCUGUAAUAAUGAUCAUAACUAAUAUCCAAGACUGGAAGUGCUAAUAAUAUAUUAAAAUAUGAGUGAAAAGGAGUUGACAAGAGGAGCAGGUGGAUGAUCGAAGGAGGCUGUGACCCCAUGGAGAGCCUGCACCUGUAGCAAGCUCCUGGCAGGAUCUAUGGCCCUAUGGAGAGAAGAGUCCUUUCUGGAGCAGGUUUGCUGGCAGAACUUGUGACCUUGUGGAGGACCCAUGCUGGAGCACCCUAUUAAAGGACUGCACUCCAUGGAAGGGAGAGGGCAGUUGUGCCUCUUCAGCAAUGAACAGUUGCUGAACAGAUGAUUUCGAAGCUUUGCAUCACUGCAAUCAAUCUUAAUUUACUUCAGCUAGACAAUGAAGAAAACACCUUCAAAGUAGCUUAGCUAAGUUAUGGUUAAGUUUUUCUCUUUUUUCUUAAUUUGUGGGAAAACUGAUUCUCUCUGACACUUGACCACAGAAGGAGGAGGAAGUGAACGCAGUAAAGUUGAGGCCUGUAUUUCCCUGAAAAGCAAAUCACUGGCUUUAACUAAAUUACUGCCUAGUUUUGUGCCUACAGCCUCUGCUCUGCAAGAGUAGAAUUGUAGACCAGAAUUCAGCCCUACAUGGUAAGUGAUGUCCAUAAUUAGCAUUACGUUUCAGAGAGUCUGCUUUUUCUAAUUUAUUUUUAGUAAUGGUACUCAGGAAAAGGCAACACAGCAAGACUUCCUGAUAUAUUCCAGCCAUUCAUCCAACCAAUAAAAGUCUACAGAAGCUAAAAAUAAAACCACCUCAAAGCAAACCACAAAGUUUGAAAAGUAGAACUUUAUUAACAAGCACUUGAAACAAGAAAUUAGUCUUUCUGAAUAAAGCUGUCAUAUUCAUGAUUCUAA